UCGUGAUAUCAUCGCGGGAAGGGCGUUGUCCUCAGCUGAAUUUAAUGUGGCGAAGACACGUGCCUCUAUGAGAAGGAGGGUUGGGUACUUAGCCUGAAGUGUUCAAAGGUCGGCAAUGUGGUCCCGUACCUUGAUUGUAGCACUGGUUGUUCUGGCGAUACUGGCGUCAUCAGACGCACAAAGAAGAAGACGCAGAAGAAACAGGAACAGGAGCAGAAGCAGAGGAAGUCGCAACAAUGAACGCAACAAUGAUCGCAACGUCAUCAUAAUCGUUCCCAAUAACAGGAACCGCGGCACCAAUCAGAAUGCUGGAAAUAACGCAGGAGGAAUAUUCGAUUCAGCAGGUGGCGGUACCGGGCCAAUUGUUCCCCCUGGGUUCGAAGGAGUUCCAAGAAGUGGUGGCCUUGGUGGCCCUCCCACUUCUCCUCCUAAUCCCCCACCGCCAGCCCCCGCCCCUACAAACAACUUGUUUGGUGGAAAUUCUGGUCCCGGGAGUCCAGGUAGUCCAGGUAGUCCAGGGAGUUCCGGGAGUUCCGGGAGUUCCGGGAGUUCCGGGAGCAUAGCUGAUCUGUUUGGCUCAUUAUCAACUUCAAACAGUUCCCCGUUUAAUAGUCCAAAUCAACCACCCACGAAUAAUAUUGCAACUUUACUGGGGGGUUCUCCAAGUUUAGGCUUAUCUGGUGGAGGACCACCUUCACCAGCAUUGACCAGGCAAAACAAUGGUCCGCCUCUGUUUGGUCCUGAUCCAACUUCUCUUCCUCAAGGUGGUCCUCCUAGCGUCGCUCCACGUUUUGAUUUACUCCCCAGUGGCCCUGGUCCACUAAACCUACCCCUGGACCCCGGGCCCCCGGGUGGAAAUAUGUUUGGACCCCCACCGCCGCCACAACAACCAGGGAACCCCUCAACAGGAAACAACCUUUUCGGUGGUCAACAACAGCAACAACAGCAGCAACAGUUCCAAGGAGGACCAAACCCUGUGCAGCAGCAACAGCAGCAACAACAGCAGCAGCGACAGUUCCAAGGAGGACCAAACCCUGUGCAGCAGCAACAGCAGCAGCAGCAGCAGCAGCAACAAAGACCUGACUUCGUACAACAGCAAAGACAGCAGCAAUUUCAGGGUGGGCCAAACUUUGGACAACAACAGCAACAACAACAACAGCAACGCUUCCAAGGUAGACCAGAUUUUCCUCCACAGCAGCAGCAACAACAGCAAAUACCAAAUAAUAUUCAACAGCAGCAACAACAACAGCAACAACAACAAAGACCAAAUGAUAAUAUUCAACAGCAGCAGCAACAACAGUUUCAAGGAUUCAACCAGGUUCAACAACAACAACAACAACAACAACAGCAGCAGCAGCAACAACAACAACAACAACAAGCACCACCCAAUUUCCUACAAGGACUGACAAAUGCACUAGGUGGCGGUCCAAUUGCAAUCUCUGCACCAGGAUUGAAUCCAUCUAACGUAUUGCAAGCACUCGUACCCGAUCUGGGUAUGUCAAUGCCAGGUCAGUCACCGUUUGGAGGUCCAGCUAGUCCAGGUCUUCCUCCGCAACCUAUUUCACCAUCAUCUCCAGGACAAAGCCAGUUUUCUGACUUAGCGGUUAUGAAUAUCAUGCAGCAACAACAACGCCAGAGUCGAAUGAUGGAGUCUUUACUGUUCAACAGCAUGUGAUGGGAGAACUUUUGUCAUGGUAUAGUUGCAUCACUACAAGUGCGAGUUGACUUUCAAAAUCACAUUUUGCAGUUGCGCAUAUAUUCAUUCAUGUGUGGGUUAUAUAUUAAUGGCGUGUGAAACGACUAAGGAAACCUAAUAAAUGUAUUUUAAUUAAUAUCUUUGCAGUAUAAUGCUCUUGUUUCAUAUUUGGGUGAUGAUGUACAGUAUGCAAUACACUCCGUAUAUCCCUAUUUACGUGGAACUUUCAAACUUAAACCCCCGAACCCCUUACAGAAAAUAAAAGUAAAUAAAAUUAAAAUAAUUUUCUUUAGGAAAAACAUCAUGAUUCUGAAAUGACAAAGCAAGAUAUCCAGAUAUGGCUGGGGUUACUGCCCUUUAACUUUCAACACUGCAUUGUCACGAAACUCAUUGCAGAAAUCUAUCUUUAUACAAAAUAUUCCAAUACAAAUGUUUUCGGGUCGGCAGUGAUGUUUGGUUGGUAAAAAACCCCAUUGUUUCCCAGUUUCUCAGUAUCUUGGUUAGGAGGAUCAACCAAUUGAAAUAAAUAUGGCCUUAUUGACAA